ACGGGCUAUUUGUUAAAAUGAGUUAUAAUAGUUUUUAUAAUUAAACAUAUAAAAAUAAAGAAAUGACAAAGGAUUCCGAAAGACACAGCGACACCGAUUCUGAAAUUGGAUCAGUUCGUUCCAAUCGACUUGGAAGACUUGCUCCAAUAAUAUGCCCUAUCAUUUGUGCUCUUAUCUUGGCUAGUGCUUUUGCGAUUUCAUUUAUAGUUUCAAAAUUACUAAUGAGCUAUAUGUAUAGCACAAGCUCGUUCUGUACACACCAAAAAUAUGACCAAACUAAAUUAUAUGUUAUUUUAAAAAAUAACACUAAAACACCAUCCUUAAUAAGGCUAAUUUGACAAAAAUCUGUUUUUUCGCAUUCAAUAUAUAGGGUUUAGUGCCAUCUGUUACUCAAUUGCAUUACUAUUGUUUUCAACUCAUCACUGAUCACAUAGUUGAUUAUAACUUAAUAUAAAUAAAACAAGGUGGCAGUAUUGUGUAAAAAAAGUUAAAAUACUGUAUUUAUUUUUUUAUUGCUGAAAUUUAUUUACAAAAUUAUAUCUUAUUGAAAUCUUAAUAUAUCUAGUUUGUCUGUAUUUUUAUUGUUUAUUGUUGACUAACGACUUUUGCUUGUUGAGGACUUGACAUUUCACUCAGCUUCCGUGUUCCAAAAUUCAAUUGACAAUUUACAAAAAUCUUAUGUCAAAACACGUUCAUUGUUAACAAGUAACAACUAUUGGAAUUUGGAUUAGAAUUCUUUGUGGUUUUUUAAAUUUUUGUUGGCAGAUAUUUUUUUAUACAGAUUAAUCCAUACAAUAAAGUUAACAAUGACUAUAGUGAUAGUUUGGUAGUUCAAUAUAUCCUGUUUUAUACGCCGCAACGUCUAUUAUAGAACGGAGUGAUGCGCGCGCCAGCUGGAGCGGUGAUCGGUGCUGUUACGCGCUGGUCACAGGUGCCCCAUGCUCCCUUGACAGACUAUACUGGCAAGGCAGCUCCAUUACACGCCUAUCCUGUGUUCACCUACGAUGACGCUAUUAACAAUCGAUUUGCUAUAUGGCAAGGUGACAUCGCGACAUUGGAAGUUGACGUUAUAACGAAUACAAGCGACGAAACUCUGACGGAAUGCAACGCAGUUAGCGAACGGAUUAUGUCCACGGCUGGACCUGAUCUUAAGGAGGAAAUCAUCACUAGGGCUCAUGAGUGUCGCACCGGUGAGGCGGUGGUGACCGGAGGCUACUCCCUCCGCAGCCGCCACGUGGUUCACACGGUCAGCCCCAAGUACCUCGCCAAGUACCACAGCGCUGCCGAGAAUUCACUUCAUAAUUGCUACAAGAAUGUGCUGCACGCGGCGGGCGAGUUGGGAGCCCGUUCGUUGGCCUUGUGCGUCGUGAACACGCCGAGGAGGAACUUCCCGCCAGACGUGGCUGCGCAUGUCGCUUUGCGAACAAUAAGACGGUAUCUCGAACAGAACCUGGCUCCGCACCUAGUGAUCCUAACCAGCAACUGCGGGGCCGAGCUCGCCCCGUUCACAGCCCUCGCGGGGCUGUAUUUCCCCAGAAGUGCCCUCGAAGCGGAGGCCGCGAGGUGGGCCGUGCAGCCCGGGGGGGCGGCGGGGGAGCCCAUUCAUCCCGAGAGGCGGAUUCGGAUCAUACACAACCCGCACUCCCACACCACGCUCGCGGAUGACGAAACGACAUGCGACGAAGACAUGGCAGCGGAAGCGGCGGCAGCGUUUGCAAGAGCGUGCUCGCCGGACACGCAGAGGCUGUUGCCCUCUCCAGUGAACUCCGCGCAACCGAGACGACACGUGCAUGAUGCUGACCAAUAUGAACGUCUUUUACGGCGAGCGCGAAGCGAAGACUUGAGCGAAGUCUCCGGUAUCGGCUGUCUCUACCAGAGCGGCGUGGAUCGUCUCGGAAGACCUGUCGUCAUCUUCAUUGGAAAGUGGUUCCCAAUCGCUGAUAUUGACUUAGACAAGGCACUGCUCUACCUGAUAAAACUGCUAGACCCAAUUGUGCGCGGGGACUAUGUGAUUGCGUACUUCCACACGCUGGCCUCAUCCGCCAACCAUCCGCCCUUCUCAUGGCUCAAGGAGGUCUACACAGUGCUGCCUUACAAAUAUAAGAAGAACUUGAAAGCUUUCUACAUCGUGCAUCCCACGUUUUGGACAAAAAUGAUGACGUGGUGGUUCACGACGUUCAUGGCUCCGGCCAUCAAGGCGAAGGUGCACAAUCUCCCCGGAGUGGAGUACCUCUACAGCGUCAUGCAGCCGCAUCAGCUCGACGUGCCUGCCUUCGUCACGGAAUACGACAUGACGAUAAACGGCAUGCACUACUUCCAACCUGAAACAAAUAACACGUAACUCUAUGGAUUAAGUGACGUCACACACUGACCAAAAUAUUUCUGACUCAAUAAUGUCUGUUGCUAUUUUUAUAAUCUGUGAUGAUGCGACGGCGUCAUCGCUGACUUUUAAAUCUAUGCUUUUCUUUACUGAACUUUUAAUUUUUAAAUUUCGAACGAAGAUAUGACUAGACGAAGACCACUCGCAUUUUAAUUCAAAUGUUAAUUAUUCUAAACUCAAAUACAUAUGCACAGAUUAAAUAAAAGCAUUGUAAUUUGAUUAGUAAUCAGUACUUCAUAGUAUCCCAUAAAAAACUGUGUUGUAUUUAUAUUAAAGAACACACUGCCAUAUUUUGUUAGAGAUUUUGAGAACUAGAAACUACUUGGUCAGUAGAAUUGGGAUUAAAAAAAGCCUGUUUAAACAUCUAUUUUUUUAAUUACGCCAGGCUAAUCAACACAUUUGCAAAAUUUUUCCAUACAUGACAUAUGGCCUAUAAAUCCGUUAUUCCAUGUUAAUAAUUAAUUUGUAGUAUUGUAUAGGAUAUAGUAUAAGUGGUGCAUUUUAUAUGUUAAGCAGAUUUUAAAUAAAUUAUCAUGUUGCAGUCUUAAGUCGUAAGGAGUAGAACGCUAAGACUUUAUUAAAAAUAUAUGAUGACCCUCAAAGAUGCAAGAUUUUUGGAAAUCUUCCAAAAAAGAUUUAUUGAAAUGUGUUACCGUGUCUUAAUAUCACACAUUAAAUGUUUUGUCGAACUGAGCAAUAAAUAUUUUUUUAUAAGGUGCUGAUAUAUAUUUUAUUUUUACAAUGUGAAUGAGAGAUGUAAGUAAAACAAAAUUAGUUUUAUCAUAAUAAUCUUUAAUAACGUUUAACCUUCAUUUAUUUUAAAAAUUCUAAUAUAAUGUAUCUUUGAAUGCACUAAAACUCUUUUAAUACUAAGAUUCUCUUAAUUAAAGGAAACUUGUCUGGAACUUCUUUGUAUGGAAUUGAAAACAUAUUUUAUAUCUGACUUUAUAGUAGAAAACAUUUUCGAAUAGCUGUUUAUAUGAACAAUAUGUGCCACGGUUAAUACAUUAAUUCUAUAGCUAUGAAUAUUUUUGCUUAUUCCGAAAUUUUCACUUUAGAUGUGGAGACCAAUUUGUAUGUUUGUUUGUUGUUUCGGUGAACGAGAAUUUAUAUUGUGUGUUAAUUAGUAAGUUUUUAAUGGCCUUAGAUGUGUGUUAAGAGCUUUUUGAAGUGUCGUUACAAUGUAUAAAUUCAAGCGCUUCAUUUUUCUAUUAAAAAAUUAUAUGAUCAAUGCUGCCAAAUGUAAAAGCUACUCAACGUUGUUGUCACCGUUCACAAGUAAAAUAUCGUGGAUUUUAAGUAGCCGGCAGGUUGGAAUAGCCUUUGACUAUUCGAGUAAAUUGUGUCAAGUCCAAUUGUUAAAUUUUUUAUCAAAAAUACAGCAAGCAUGUUGUGUAAAUUAUAUUGCUAAUUGCUAAUGUAUAGAAAACAAUGUGAUCAAGAUUGGUUAAGUUUAAUAUUUUAUAAUUCUAGUGUUGAAUAGAACUUGUAAAUAUUUGACAAACACAAAAUUAAAUUGUUAAUUUACUA